UGCACUUUCUUCUUCUUCCAAUGGAAACUUCACACAACACUCUCAACAAUUUUUUCAAAACCUCAAACCACAACAAUGCAUCCAGCAGCAGUAACAACUGUUUCACCUGCGAAAUCUGUAGAGAGACAGUUCAAUUGGAACAAAAAUUCAGAAGCAUGGAAGCGAGUGGAUGUUUCCAUCCCUAUUGCAUAGAUUGUAUUUCCAAGUACAUCGAAACAAGAGUGAUUCACGACAACAUGUCCGAGAUAAAGUGCCCUAAUAACGACUGCUCCGUUCUGUUGGAUGCAUUAUCGUGUCGCUCGAUCCUCUCCAAAAAAGCAUUCGAGAAGUGGUGUCAUGUUCUUUGCGAGUCUAUAGUACUUUUAGAUGCAUCAAAAGGAGGGUUCGUUUAUGGAAGAUGCUUUUGCCCUAACAGCAAGUGUUCUGAAUUGAUUCUAAACGAGUGUGUGGAAACUAAAUCUAUGCUGAAACGAUCAGGCUGUCCAAACUGCAAGGAAGCGUUUUGUUUUAGUUGUAUGGUUCGAUGGAAAGAAAAUCAUCAAUGUUGUCAAACAGGCGCCAUAGUUAUUGAUAUUGAUAUGGAUAGAAACGAUUUUUUGUUCAUGGAAAUGGCUAAAAGAAAGAAGUGGGUUCAAUGUCCAAAUUGUAACCGUUACAUCCAACGAGUUAAGGACAGUGAAAAUUUUUGCAGGCUCAUCCAUUGCAGAUGCGGCAUCAUAUUUUGUUAUGAUUGCCGAGAACGGCCUUGUAUAUGCGGAAAAGAACCCUUUACCUGUUUGAAGCUCAUAAAAGGUCUGUUGGUCAGUGGAUUUGGCUUGGUCGGGUUAUUUUUUCUCGUACAGUAUACCUUCUUUUAAUAAAUAUAAAAUGUGGUUUCAUGAAUGCUUUAAGCGCUGUUAGUUAUGUUAGAGUUUUUGAUUAAACUCAAACUACUCCGGUAACUCAUAAAAGUAGUCAUGUGUGAGUGGCAGUUAGUAUUCAGACGUUUAUUAAGUUAUUAUCGAAUUGUUCACCACUAGCCUGUUUGUGGGCACUAGGUUUUAGUGUUUCCCUGUUAAUUAGAAGUUAAUUGUGCUUACGUGCACUUGUUACUUGUUGGUAGU